AUGGAUGACAAGGGAAAAGAAUUGUGCCCUCGUUUAAUCGACUAUUUGGUCGUUGUUGGGAAAAGAGCAAAACAGAGAUCCACCUCAAUCAUCGGCACCGACGGCCAACAAACGGCCAACGUGCACACCGUAUCGUAUCCGGAAUUGUUGAGGAGAUACCCAACCGAUGAUCACAAGGAUUUCUAUUUGCCCACCGAUGUGACCGUUUUUUGUCAACCUGAGGGAUGUCCGACGAUCAAUUAUUCAAAUCGCGAGCGUCGCGCAAAGGACUCGCAAUUUUUCGUGUUCAUGUUAACCGAGAAAGAUACAUCGAGAAUUCGUUUCGGCGUUUGCCUCAACUUCUUUCAAUGUUGCGAGAGAAGGACGGCUGAUGGAGUGAGCGGGAAAACGAAAAAAAAAGAUCACCUCAUCUCAUUGACCUCUCUUUGUUUGAUCUCUCAUCAUCCGUUUGUCUCAAUCUUCCACGAAUUGCUGAUUAUUUUGAAGAAUAUCAUUGACGCGUGCAAUCAUCGAGUGUCAAAGGCGACAAAUCAAAAAGAAAUCGUUUGGUCUGUGUUGACGGGCAGUUGGCAUGACACGAUUCCGGUCGAGGUGAUGAAAGAAAUCAAACAAAUCGAGACGUGGAUCUUGAUGCUGCUCUCGUCACCCGUGCCGGUACCCGCGAGGACAAAAGUGCAAUUAGAGAUUCUCCCAAUGGAUCUUUGUCCAAUGUUUUCCUUUGCUUUACCCGAUCACACUCGUUUUUCCCUCGUCGAUUUCCCACUCCAUCUGCCAUUCGAAUUGCUGGGGAUUGAAGGGACGGUGAAAGUGCUUUCGGCGGUGAUGUUAGAGUAUAAAGUCGUGCUCCAAUCUCGUAACUACAACGCCGUCUCGAUGUGCGUUCUCUCACUGGUUGCUCUUCUUUAUCCAUUAGAGUACAUGUUUCCCGUGAUUCCUCUCCUACCCGCCUAUAUGCAAUCGGCUGAACAUCUACUCCUCGCGCCAACUCCUUUCAUCAUUGGUGUCCCGUCGUCAUUUUGGGCUCACAAGAAGCUACAAGAGAUUCCAUCGGAUAUCAUUGUUGUCGAUCUAGACGCAUGUCAAGUACAUGUCCCUGAAGAGCUCACAUUGCCCGAGUUGCCUGAACCCGAUGUUGGCGAUUUGAAGAUGAACGUUCGAAUGGCUUUAAACCGUAUGAACACAAAUCUCGUCGAUGAAAGACGAGGCUCGGUUGAGGCGAAUUAUUCAACGGACGCUGAUGAAGUUGAUGUCGCUUGUAGAGUGGCUAUGAUAAAAUUCUACAAUUCGACGAACAUCUUCGCGAAUUUUUCUGAGCAUACGCGAACUUUGCGUUUAUAUCCCCGUCCUGUUGUCGCUCUUCAAUCAGAAUCAUUUCUGAGAUCACGACCGAAUUGCACGCAAUUUGUGAUGGAUUUGUGCAGAACACAAGCUGUUGAGUACUUUGCCGAAGAGUGUUUAUGCCCGAGAAAUGAGACUUUUGUGCGCGUUCAAAACGGAAUCGACAAACCGCAACAAGUUGGUGAUAAAGCGAAAUGGUUUGCCGACUCGUUGAUGCCAGUACAUUUUAUGGUCUAUCCGGAUAACUCGACAUUAGCCCCCGCAAUUGACACGUGGAGAAGAGAGGGUGAUGGGGAUGAGUCCGACGAGGAGUUGAGCGAUGAUGGAGAGGAAAGGCCUGGGAGUACAUCGAGUAUCGAUGAUCUUGUCUUUGAUAGUCCCGAUGAAGUGACCGAUCGUACAAUUGCCUCAAAACCACUGGGUGAAGUGAAUGAUGUCUACAAAGAGCCACUCAAUCUCGAGAUUCCCCCAUCAGAAACCGUUGCCAGCUUUGGCAGCUCGGUCAGCAGUGGACACUCAUCCCCUUCUUCAUCACGAUCCGCUUCAGCGUUGGACAGUGAAGCCGAUUUUGCGAGACUCGCCGAGAAUUUAGCUUUAAAAUCUGAUGCCAAAGGUGCUUUCUCGUUUGAUCACGAAGAUGAUGACGCUGAAUCAACACCGAUUCAGAAUCGACGCAAAACGUUACAAUCGGAGGCGAACACUGAAAAUAAUACACCGACCACGAAAACCCCUCUAUCGAAUAAAGGAAAGCUUAAGCUCACAUCCCUCACCGAUUCAAGUCAAAACUUCAUGAGUGGCUUCAACGGUUUAGCCGAGAAAAGCUCGGAUAUUUUUAGUCAAAUGCUGACGAAAACGGGCGGACUAAAACAGGCGCAAGCACUUCGCGACAAAACGGUCAAACCAUUGGCGGCUGCAGCGGCGAGUCGCAUCGAGCAAUCCCAGCACGCAGUGAAGACGAAAACACAGGGAACACCCACAUCGACACAAACGGCAAAUCAACAAAGCAAAAAUCAACAAACCGUUCGCGAGGUGUGCGAUGCGAUUCUCGCCGGUCAAGGCAUUGGAAUGUUCGCUUAUCCGAAAUUCAAGCGCCUAAUGGAAGAUGAAAGUCUUCGCGAGUUGGUCUGUUCAAAAUUAAAUCUCGGAUUGGAGAAUCGUUUAACCGAAGAGGAAUUUGUGAAAGAAUUUCAAUUGACUCGAGCUCAAUACAAGGGAUAUGUCAAGGUUUUACAGGCGUGUCUUGCCGGCAUUGAGCUCUCUUUCAACACUCCCGGCUCAAACGGUUUGGCGAGUGUUUUCCAUAUUCUUGAGAUUGCGCACACUCAUUUUUGGUCUCGAGAUGAUGGAGUGAUGACACCGGCGAGUGGAGGGAAUUCACAGUUACCAACUCCUUCUGCAUCAGUACAAGAUCUCCAAUCAAUACAGCCUCGCCAAAAACUCCCGGCCACCUCGUACGAUAUGAGAUCGAUGCCGAAACCGAUCGGGAAACUCUCAAAUGGAGAACCCAUCCAGGGACCGAGCACCGCUCAACCCACUCAAUCAUUGCAAUCCGAAAAGAAACCAACUGUUGUACCAUUUGGAAUCCCGGGCAACGAUCCAUUACCUAAACAAACGAUUCCGCAACCAACUCCACCACCAAUUCCACCAAGAGAUGGAGUCGCCGCCCAUCCGCACCCACCACCAUUGCCUGCGAGGCCACAAAUGGAUGUUUCUCAAGCAUCUGAUGCCUCGAUUCCACCUCUGCCACCUCGUCCUCCACCUCCACGACAAGAAAGCAUUCAAGAAAACAGUAAAUUAGCGAGAGGAAGCAGCAGUGAAUCCGGUGGAUCACAGAGGCCAUUACAAGAGAAAUUAAAGGCUCCAUCAACUCUACCCGUUUCUGCCAGUGGAACUCCGUCGACUCGAUCGAUUGUGACACCAAUUGAACCAAGACAUUUCAUCUAUCAGGAUUUGAUUUUACCCAAUCAACAUCCAUUAUGGCAAAAUAUGGUUUUCUGGGAGAACGCUUUUUAUGAUGUCGUUGGACAAGAAAGGGAUAUCAUUGGAAUGGAUCAAGAACCCAGUGAAAUGAUUGAUCGCUAUUCAACUCUAUCGGAAAGUGAGCGAAAACGAUUGGAAUUGGAAGAAGAUCGCCUCCUUGCAACACUUCUUCACAAUUUGACUGCUUAUAUGAUGAUGUGUGGAACGGGACAAAAAGCGAGUCAACAAAAAAUUCGGCGACUAUUGGGCAAAGCGCACAUAGGAUUGGUGUGCUCAAAGACGAUCAAUCAAUUGCUCGAUGAGUUGCCACAACAGCAAGGCAAUGCGAUCCCUUUAAAGCCGUUAGGCAGUCGUUUGGUACAGAAGCAAUCGUUCACCGUUUAUGCUGGAUCAAAUGCUCAAGGCAUGAUGCUCUUUAUGGAGGUUUGUGACGAUGCAGUGGUUUUGCGAGCAGUCACUGGCGCGAUCACCGAACGUUGGUGGUAUGAGAGAUUGGUGAAUAUGACCUAUUCACCAAAAACAAAAGUCUUAUGUUUAUGGAGAAGACAUGAGGAUAAAGUACACAUGCAUAAGUUCUACACAAAAAAAUGUCGAGAGCUUUAUCUCUGCAUGAAAGCGGCAAUGGAAAGAGCAGCGGCAAGAGGUCGAGUUUCUGUUGAAGGAAGGGAUCUUGGAGGAGAGUUUCCCGUGCAUGAUACAGAGACAAAUCAAGGGGGAUUGAUGCAGGUUCGAAUUGAUGGAAUUGCAAUUCUCUUCGAAAGCAGUCAACAUUUCAUCGAGUUGGGCAACAUAAAAAAGUGCAAUACUUUCGGUGGAAAUUGUUUUGUUCUUGAAGAAUUCGAUCGUAAAAAGAACGAACUCGUGCAGAGGAGAUAUUUCUCACAAAUGGCUCCUUCAAUAGCAUGGUGUCUGCACCGUGUGUUCAGUAAGAAAAUGGUGCACUCUAGCCCCAUCAUUUGCAACGACUCAAAGGGAGUCAAGCCGAAGAAAGGACCAAGGACUCCACCCGGCACGCCCCCAUCGUCAUCAUCUUCUGAAAAGAAAUCACCAAUGCCAUCUUCAUCACCGAAAUCUUCUGAGGAGAAACAACAAAGUGCAUUGGGAUAUAAGCCAUCACGCUGGGAUAUAAGCCCAGCUUUAAGCGUGCGAUCAUCCGAAUCGCCAGGCAAGACUCCGAUGUUUGGCGAUGUUUCUACAAUUUCUUCCCUCUGUGUGUCGCCAGUUACAGAACAGUACGAAAUGGUUUCAAGUAGUUCUUUGGGAUCGCCGUCUCCUCCUCCAUGGCGUGGUGGGCGUAGAUCGCGUUCUCGUAGCCCACGUGAACACAGAUCUCGUUCUCGAAGUCCACGUGUACACAGAUCUCGUUCUCGAAGUCCACGACGCAAAUAUCGUUCUCGCUCUACUAGUCCGCUUAUGGUCUACCUUCCUAGCUCGCGACACGGGACAUCUCCAGUUGAUCAUUCAAGGAACUAUAGGAGCUACAGGACUUCUGCUCAACGAACGCCUUCUGCUCCACACACAUCGAGGCGAGAUCAGCUCCCUUAUGUUCAAUAUGUUGAAAAGAAGAGUCAAUGGAAUACUUUUGGAAAAGUCGAGAACAGACAACAUUCUGUAUCGCCUUUGUGCCAACGACGCCAGGGCUCACCAAACAGACAAAUCGGCUUAUUCAAUUUGCCGUAUAAUGUCAGUGAGAACGAUUUACGAGAGAUUUAUCGACGUCAUGGGCCAAUUGAAGAUAUUCGUAUUAUCUUUGAUUACGAAACUGGAAUGUCACGCGGCUUUGCUUUCAUCACCUUCAAUCAUCUGCGCGAUGCUACAAAGGCACUUCAAGCAACAAAGGGAAUGAAAAUUGACGAUCGGAUGAUUAAGGCCGACUAUGCCUUGGGAGAGAAUGUUGGCCACACAUCGAACUCGAAGUAUUUAUUGCAGGAUCGUCGUGUUCAUCACAUCAAUGAUCGCGUUUCUUACACAGAUGGAGUAUCAAUGCCUCAAAUAUCGGCGUCCGUUCUUCGAAAGAAAGUAAAACUGAAGCGACGCAGCACUCGGAUAAAAACUCCAUCGUUGUCGCCACCGAAACGCGCUUGUUUGACAAAAUUGAUGAGGGAUGCAAGUCUUUCAAUGCCAUCGGAAAAAGAAAGUGGAGAUGCUCCUCGUCGUGCGAGGGCUCACUCAUGGACUACAGUUACUCCGCCAUCAAGUCCGGAUCGUGGAAAAGAUGAUGACGAUUUCAAAACACCAUCUACAAUCUAUUCGUCGGCAGAAUCGCAGUUAGAGCCGCCAACAAGGACACCACCAGAAACACCAAAAAAGAUUAGCUUCAAACUCAAGUGGACUGUGAUCAAAUCGUCAAAAACCGAUUACUCAAGCGACACUUCAACUGAUAGUUCUUCAAGCGAAUCAUCAGUCUCUGGUCCCAGUACUCCAAGGGUGUAUCGCGGCAAGCGGGCUUCUCGAUCCACUUCGUCAUCGGCCAGUUCAGCACCAAAAAAGUCAAAGAAGAAACGAAGCGAAUCUGCUAAAAGAAAGAAAAACGAGAGUAGGAGCCGCUCACGCUCUCCAAAAAGCAAGCCGAGUUCGCCAUCCGAGCGCAAGAAAACAACCAGGCGGACAAGCUCGAGUCCAUCUCCUACGCCAAAGAAGAAGGCACACGACCUAAAAAGAAAACGAAGCGAAUCGUCGAGUCAUAGUCGCUCGCCGGAGCGUAAGACGAAUGCUCAUUGCUCUCGACGCGGUAAAAAGGACCGCAAGAUAAAAAAAGGAAAAGAUAAAUCGCCAUCACGAGACCAUUCAAGAGUUGAUUCGCCCCAUCGUAAAAAGAAAAAUUAUCAAAGUCGUUCUCCAGAACAUGAUCGUUCGUGUUCGCAGUCGCCACAUCAUAAGAGCCACAAGAAGAAACAGAAGAAACGCGAGCAAAGCCGCUCUCCAUCACGCGAUCGUUCACCAAGGCAUUUUCGACGCUCACGUAGCAGGUCACCUCGCUACCCAGCACGCCCUGUUAUCACACAACACGAUCGCCAACUACGAGAACCAUCAAAUGAGAUUGUUGUUUUCAAUGUUCCAAAAAGUUGUACGGCUAAGGAGCUACACGAAAUUUUCAAAGAAUUUGGGCCAAUUGAAGAGGUCAAUGUGAUUCGUGAUCGUUUUACGGGCCAAUCACGAGGAUUCGCUUUCAUUACUUUCGAGGAACUGGAGUCUGCUAAGCGUACAAUCGAGAAAAUUGUGGAUUCAAUGGAGAUAGACGGGCGUCGUCUUCAAUGCAAUUAUUCUUGGGGCCAAAAUCGUCCUCCAGAUGCGGAACAACAUCAGCAUGGAACUCGUAAGAAAUGG